CGUCCAUCUUGUUUAGCUUAGCUAGCCUGGCUAACGUUACCUUGCGUACUGAGAAGCAGAGAUGGAUGACGGUGACGAGCCGGGUCUAGUCCUCUCUCACAACACUUCUUCGGGCUCUAAGUCGGGCGGUGACAAGAUGUUUUCCCUAAAGAAGUGGAAUGCCGUGGCGAUGUGGAGCUGGGACGUUGAAUGUGACACCUGUGCAAUCUGUCGGGUACAGGUGAUGGACGCUUGUCUCCGAUGCCAGGCGGAAAACAAACAGGAGGAUUGUGUUGUUGUAUGGGGAGAGUGCAACCACUCCUUCCAUAACUGCUGCAUGUCCCUUUGGGUGAAGCAGAACAACCGCUGUCCCCUCUGCCAGCAGGACUGGGUGGUUCAGAGAAUCGGUAAAUAAGUUCGACAUCCAAGCAGGUCUGACUCUCAGACGGCACCUGUACCGCACCCUAAAGUGGUGACAGACUUGACAAUGAUCACUGCAACGUCCUGCAUAGAGCCACUGAUCUCAACAACCGUCCUCCUACUCGUGAUUGCAUGUCCCUGUUAUCCUGGUGUCGAAGGAGGAUGACGGAUGAAAUUAAAGCAGCGCAGACUUCUUAGCUGAUGUGGCUGGAGGGGAUCAAGAGUCAUGAAGAGACAAAUGAAACUUGUUGCAGUGUUCAGUCACAUGUUAGCUUUACAUUAUUGUCUGUGGUGGUGUUCGGCACAUCUUGAAUACGUGACUGUCUUUUUAAAAAUAAAGAAUUGUGAAUAGCUGUAAA